CUACUGGUGACUGACACCGCUGCCACUCUGACCUGACUCAGAAAGGUGAUCUGUGUCCAUAAACAGGGCCUGGGCACACAGAAGGCUGGUAUCCCAGGGCAGCAAGGAGAUUCCUUCUAUCUGUUUAGGGAGAGAUCUGGCUGGAGAACAUGCACACAAACUUGCCUCUCCAUGACGUGUGGACUGUGGAAAGGGUUUAUCUGCUUGCACUGUGUCUCAUGGGGAGUGUGACGAUGGGAAGGGCAGGGAGGGGGGUUGAAGAGCUUGUCUGUCAAACUUACGUGUAGCUCAUUGUAAUGUAGUGCCUUGGGCAAUUACGUCAAGGAGUUUCAUUUUCAUUGACGAAAAAGAAACUUUCUCACACACUUUCCUUGUCAGUUCCAUUAAUUUAACAUUACAUGUGUCCUUUAGUAGUGAAACUGGACAAAUCAAAGAGCUCAGCUCUGGAUUCCAAGUGCCCUGCAUUUCAGGUGAAUCCCUAAGAGAGAAAGAGAGAAAGUCAUGAAUUUCAACAAAAAAGAAAGCCGAAGAAUGAAAUAGCAUAUUCUGGACUUACAACAUGGAAGAAUCAGGUCUGAUGUUGGAUCCGACAACAAACUACUCAUUAUGGAAUUACACAGGACUCUGGAAAUCCAUUCACACAACGCCCAGCAUGCACCUUCCAAGAGGACAGAUUGUCCUAAAAGACCUAAUAGGAAUUCUCUUAAUGGUGAGCUUGAACAUUGUAGCUCUCCUCGCCAACACUGCUGUGAUAGUAGUCAUCAUCAAGGUUCCACACCUGAGGAAAUUUGCUUUUGUUGGCCACCUGUGUAUCGUGGACCUGCUCAGUGCCGUGCUGUUGAUGCCGCUGGGAAUUGUGCGCAGUUCACCCUUCUUCAGCUUUGUGGAUUUCACCAGGCAGGAGUGCCAGGUGAACAUUUGCAUGAAUGUGUUCCUCAUCUGUGCCUCCAUCCUCACUAUCACCACCAUCAGUAUUGAGAGAUACUAUUACAUUGUCCACCCAAUGAGGUAUGAAGUAAAAAUGACACUGGGUCUAGCUGUCACUGUUAUAAUCUUCAUAUGGGUGAUGUCUGUCAUACUGGCUCUCACAGCCCUCUUUGGUUGGCCAGUACACGGGUUCCAGGGUUACAUAAGUGCAGCCCACUGCUUCUUGUACUGGAGCCAGAGCAGUUACAGGAAGAUGUAUGCCAUCAUCUUCAGCUUGGUGUGCUUCUGCCUCCCAGCUGUGGUGAUCUUCACUGUUUACUGUAAUGUGUAUAAGGUGGCUCGAGUGGCAGCUUGUCAACGCAGCUCCCUGCCCACCUGGGUAGUCAAUCCGAAGCAUCGCUCAGACUCCAUCAACAGCCAGACAACUAUCAUCACCACACGAAACAUUCCCCGCAGAUUGACCCGGGAAAGGAUCUUUGGGGGUAGCAAAGCAGCCAUUACCCUCAUCAUCAUCGUGGGCCAGUUUCUACUUUGUUGGUUGCCUUACUUCUCCUUGCACUUGCAUCUGUCUCUCAGCGCACCGGUCUUGAGGUUCGGAGAGCUGGGGGUGAUAAUCACCUGGUUGGCCUACUCCUCCUUUGCUGUCAAUCCCUUCUUCUAUGGACUCCUUAACCGACAGAUCCGAGAGGAGCUUCUCAAGCUGUGGAGGUGCUACAGCACGCAGCCCAUGGAGCAUGUGGCGUCUAGCCACGAAGGCUCUGUUCAGGAAAACUUUCUGCAGUUCCUACAAAGGACUAGUUGCACUGUAGAGACUCGAUCCAGCUGCAUCAUAUCCAGUCCCCGGAACACGUUGGACCAAACCAUGCCGAGCUUCAGGAUACCAGGGCAGAUUCCAGAGGACAUCAACUAAAUAUCAUACUGUCUUUACAGUCAGUCAGUCAGUCAUGACUUUACCCUAAGCUAUUUAGCUUAUAAGGAGAAUGUUAUUGCUUUCCCCCAGGUCAAGUCAAAAUGUCAUAGUCACAAUACAUCAGUCAAAUUUGUAAGUUGCAGAAAAAGCAGGAAGCAAUAUAUAUAAUGAAUAUAAUUGUAUAUUUGCGUACUUUGUAUUUCAUAUGAGGCUUGCUGUGCUAAAUUCCUGACCUUGGGACAAAAUUACUUCAAUGGGUCCCUUUAACAAGCUGAAGCAGCCAAACUAGCCUAUUGGGGAAUCCUAACAAAGAGGUUGCCAUCAACAAUAUGGAUCACUUAAACUUGGGUUUCCCAAACCUUUGCUGUCCGCAGACCCGUUUAUGAAGUACAAGAAUAUCAUGGACUAACAAAAUUGGUUAGUGGUGGGCGGGGGGCAGCUGACAACAAAACAGGGUCGGGAUUGGUGAUGACAGAUCAGCCAGACUUAAUAAAUGUGACUGUUUCUAAUUUUUUUUAGAUGCAGUUUUUUUUAGAAUGUGACAAAAAGUAUGUGGCUUAAAAAUGUGUACUUUUAAUUAAUUUUUGGAAAUUAACCAACCGCUUCCCAAAUCCCCCAGCGUUCUGGAGAACACAGGUUGGGAACACCGACCUAAAAUCAUUCUGAAAUGGUACUACGACAGACUUAGCACGUUUUCUGGUUUAUACACUUCUAUCAGUUAUGAAAUAGUUGUUGUCUAUUAUGUGAGUGUAUAUAUAAUCACAUCCAUGAAUAUGUGAUGGAUCUGGUUUAAGAAUUUAGGUUUAUAAAAUAUAUAAAUAUAGAAAAAAUGUAUUUGUUUUACAUUUUGGAGUCUGAAAUAUUUUAAAAUAAACUGAAAUAUGAUAUGAUUCUGCCUCUCUGAGAUUUAAACCAAAUGACAAAGGGAUUGUGGUAUCUACAUUGUGUAAGCAAAGAAUCACAUGGAAAUUUUACUGACAUUUUUCACAGCAAAAGCUGCAAUUUUCUAAAUCUAAAUCAGCUGCAAUGUUGCAGAAAUAAAACUCACUCAUGUUUCAGAAAGAAAAGGGAGAAAAAUACUAUUUAAGUUUGUAUUUGCAGCCUUAACCUGAACUACAUUAUAUUCCUUGGGGUUAUGAUUUGCUUAUUAUUUCCUGUGGAAGAAUUUAGCACAAAAUAUAAAAUAUGUUAUAUAAUAAAGUAAGGAUUCUUUAUGCUUAAUUAACUAUAACUGAAUAGAUGACUGAAGACUGUAACAUGUCACCUCAUCUGCACGGAACGAACUGAAGGCUCAUAUUCAAUGUUUGGACAGUCGGAUUAAACCCAGAUAAGACCCAGGAAAGAAAAUCCAAUUUGCUGAAAAUCGAAUAUUUUGAGCCAAUUUGAAAUGCUUUAACUAAGCGAGACUCCUUUUAAUAACUAAAGCAGAAACACAUGAAAAUACUCAUAAAUAAAGCAAACAUGGCAUGUUAAUUUUGUAUCCUCAUGAUGUCUGCUUUAGUUGCCAUGGAAACAUGUGGACACAAGAAGCGUGUCUGCAUAAAAACAUGAUGCUAAUCACUUAGUUCUUUGGUUUUCGAAACAGAAUUAGGAAAUCUACCAGUAUGACCAAUGUGUGAUAUGCUUGGGGAAAAAAAAUCACCAGUGGUCACCUGCUCAUUUACAUCUGAAUCCAAACCUACUGGGCCAAAAACAAAAUCCAAACAGGAUAAAGACAUUUAUUGAAGGCACCAUCAAAGGAAAGCACUGCUAACAAAAGAGUGCAACAUAUUUUAAUUUUAUGGUCCUGUCUGUCUGGAGCAAAACAGAUACUGUAUUGCGAUGAAUUAUAGCACACAGCAAAACAAAUCUAUGUCAGUAAAUGCAAAACAUUAGACCAGCAGCCCAGCAGUGAAACCACAAAGAGCUGUGAGGCUGCAUCUGCAAGAAGCACCACUUCCCCUAAAUAAAGACUCAGAAUUCUACAGAUGCAUAAUACAGUAAUUUCAUCAUAUGCAUAGAAACAAUUUGCGCAGCAGAAUUCACAGUACAGUCCACUAUAUCAAGAAGAACAGGCAGAUGGAGUUGAAGCAAACAAACCAAAUCAUUCACCCUUCCCCAGAUGGCCAAAGAUAAGCCCCCUUUUCAUAGCUAGUCAUUGCUGCUACAGGUACAGUAAACAGCCUACAGUAUAAGGUUAGAGGGAUAUUACUUUUUCACACAUGGGCCUAGGAAGUUACAUAGCUACCUUUACUAAACAAACACACAAGCAUUCACUCAAACACAAAGAGCAUCGGAUAGAGCACAUUUAGUAUUUCAGUAUUUAACAAUAUAUAAUUAUGAACAACAAAAGUCAGGAAUGUGGAUUCAAAUUUAAAGGAUUAAUAAAUAAGACGUGCUCAUCCUUCCUUUUGCCUAGAAAUUAUUAUUAUUCCAGCUGAACUUAAAAAGACCAAAAGAACUAAAAAUAUCGAAUGUAAGAUCACUGCU